GGCGCAGGGGGGAGGGGGGAGGCCAUCGGUGCGGGGGCCGCUGCGGGGCCGCCGCCCCCGGCCAUGGCGGUGCGGACCGGACCCGGGGCACCCGAUGGAGGCGGAGGAGGAGGAGGAGGCGGCGCAGGAGGCGUCAUCGGCGGGGCCGGCGCAACAGACGCGGAGGCCAAGAGGCAGCGUAAGAUGGCGGAGCUGGAGCGCGCGGUCAGCCGGCAGCCCCCGGACGUGGCCGCCCUGCGCCGCCUGGCCAUCAGCGACGGCGGCCUCCUCGACGACCGCUUCCGCCGCCGCGCCUGGCCCACCCUCCUCAACGUCCCCGCCGGGACCCAGCCCCCGCCCCCGCCCGGGAAGGAGCUGCGGGAGACCAGCCCGGAUUUCCAGCAGGUUGUCCUGGACGUCCGACGUUCCCUGCGACGCUUCCCCCCGGGGAUGCCGGCGGAGCAGCGCGAGGGAUUGCAGGAGGAGCUGGUGGACGUGAUCCUGUGGGUGCUGGCGCGCAACGGGCAGCUGCACUACUACCAGGGCUUCCACGACGUGGCCGUCACCUUCCUCCUCGUCCUCGGCCCCGGACUGGCCGCGCAACUCCUCGACAAGCUGGCCACCCACCACCUCAGGGACUUCAUGGAUCCCACGAUGGACAACACGAAGCACCUCCUCAACUACCUGUCGCCCAUCCUGGAGCGGACGAACCCCGACCUCCACGACUUCAUGCAGAGCUCGCAGGUGGGCACGGUGUUCGCCCUGAGCUGGCUCAUCACCUGGUUUGGCCACGUCCUGUCGGACCUGAGCCAGGUCGUCCGGCUCUACGACUUCUUCCUGGCCUGCCACCCGCUCAUGCCCAUCUACUUCGCCGCCGUGAUCGUCCUGCACCGCGAGCGGGAGGUCCUGGCCUGCGAGUGCGACAUGGCGUCGGUCCACCACCUCCUGGCCCAGAUCCCCCAGGACCUGCCCUACGAGCGGCUGGUCAGCAGGGCCGGCGACCUCUUCGUCCAGCUGCCCCCCUCCAAGUUGGCCCGCGUCGCCGCCCAGCAGCAGCAGCAGCAGGACGACAGGACGGCGGCGUCGACGUUCGAGGACUUUGAGCUGGCCUCGGCCCAGCGGCGGCCGGACGCGGUGCUGCGUCGGCGCGGCGUCGGGGGCCGGGGGGCCCUCGGGGGCCGGUGGUCUCGGGGCCGGGCGGAGGCGGAGGCGCGGCCCGAGGGCGGGUCCCUGCGGGGCCGGGGGCCGCCUCCCCGCCUGGUGAAGCUGGCCGUCAUGGGGCUGACCGUGGCGCUGGGCGCCGCCGCCCUCGCCGUGGUGAGGACCGCGCUCGACUGGGCCCCCAAACUGGACGUGCGCCUCUUCCCCUGACCGCCCGAGGCGAGGCGGGCGGGCGAGCCCCGAGCGCCGUGGGCCCGGAGGCCGGCCGGCGGGGGCACGGCCCGAGACGAGCGAGGCGGUCGCCGCGGGGGACAGACCCAUCCGGCAGACGCCGUCGGACCGCCGCCGUCGGACCGCGACUCCGUCGGCCCCGAGCGCCACGGGCCGGGAGACGGGCCACGGCGCCAUCACGGACCGGCGAGGAAGUCGCCGUGGGGACCGAGCCGGCCGCCGGCCGUCACGCUCCAUCCCGUCGCUCUGCCCCGCUCCGGCCCCCCCCACCCCCAAUCCCCCACCUCUAGUCUCCCCACGACCCCUCCCCCGCUCAGGAAUUCCCGCGGGCCGGAGCCGGCCGGCUUAGAGCUUAGGACUCGGUUCCCCGGCACCCCGCCGGGGUGGACCCCGCCCCAGCCAGAUGCGGUUUGUAGCCCCGCCUCCCCCACGGCCCCCCCCCCCGAGCCCUUUUGCUUGGAAAACUAGCCCCUUUCCCGACCCCCACACAUCCCCCUUGGAAAAAUAGCUCUUAACCAAACAGACCUCAAAGGCUGGAAGAGGAUGCUCCCCAUCCCCACACCCGACGUCUGCCCGCCGGAGGGGUGCCGCCCCCAGACCCGCCCCCCGGCGGGCAGCCCGGACCGGAGGCUUCUGAGGAGAGGAGCCGGGGUCAGGGUGGACCCCGGGCGAGGGCAGCGGAUCGCGCGGGGGGGGGGGCCGGAGGGGCGAGGCGCCACGGCCCCCACGCUCUCUGGCCGACCCGCCGGCUCGACCCCCGACGUGGCUGGGGAAAAGUGCCUUUAGUUUCCGCGGAGACGUCGGGACGCCGAGACCCUCCCCUCGGGCCGCCCCCUCCACCCGUUCCAACCCGGGUCCCCGGGGCCGGAGGGGCCGGGAGGCCGGGUCUAGGGUGUCUCACUCUGGCACUUUAUUAAUAAGACGGUAUUUGUUAA